AUGAUUAUCACACAAACAGCCGGAGAAGAUACACAAUCAAUGAUAAUGUCUUUAAUACCAGAUGCUGAAUUUCAAUGUGCCAAUACAACUUGUUUACCAGUCACUAAUGUUAUUACAUCAAACAUUAGGAAUUGUCAAGUGGCCUGUUUAACUCAAAGUCAAUGCAUAGCAGCAACUUUUUAUCAAUCAACUUCUAAUUGUGAAUUAUUUGAUAAUAUGUUGAACCAAAAUGGAAAUAUAUUAGCUGAUGUGGAUGCUACUAGUAUGAAUAUUAUUAGUGAAACACGAUUUCCACCAGAGAAAUGGGGUAAACUACGUUUCGUACCACCUAUUACGAACAUCUGA